GUAAAAUCGCUAACCCGCGUACGCAAAAUCGUAAGAGUUGAGAAAGAAUAUCCUGUAUCAACAUUUCAGUAUGCGUUGUCGAUUAGCAUUUUAAUCGUUCAUAGGACGAAACAAUGGCAGCCGUAAUAAACUGAAUGCUGCAAACAGAAUUGUCUCAUAUUCCUUGCCUUAUGCACAGCCGAAUCCUAUUGACAACUUGGCGACUGAGAUGGAGGCGUUAACCCGGAUCGUCAACCAGGACGAAAUGAUGGAUGAAAGUACGACGCGUCAACUUGGUGUUGCCUCGGACAGCGCGGAGAUCCCAAAAACUCCGAAUCCUACCCCGAACGAGAAUAAGAAGAGAAAAAAAAAUUGGCGAUGGUGGGACAAAAAAAAGUCCAAGAAACGAAAAGAAAAAACGUCCGCACCUGCGUCGGAUACUGCGCAACUCCACAAGGUGGCCAGAUCCACCCCGAACCAGCGGGAGAAGCGAGUCUCUCGGAAUCCGCGGUUCCGAAAGACUCGCACUGACGGUCCGCCGAAGCAGACGUCUUCGGGCCCGCGGACGACGGAGGAACGCGCAUUAGCGGUAGUGGUGAACACGAUACUCAAUCGUAUGUAAUAAAAAU